AUGGCCUCUCUUCCCAUCACCACCGCCGCGCCAAACCCCGAUUCCCCUAUAUUCAAUCUCCGCAAAUCUCUCAAUUUCAAGCAAACCCUUCUGAUCAACCCAACCCAAACCGGCCGCGAUGGCUACAAUUCUUACUUCCGCGGCAUCUCAUUCCUCUGCAGGCAGGGCCGAGUCCGGGAAGCCCUGCGCCUACUCAACGACAUGGAACUCAAAAGCUACUUCGUAGGACAAGAAGUCUACAGCGAGCUGCUUCAGGGAUGCGUUUCGCAGAGGGAUCUCUCGACGGGUCGGCAAAUCCACGCCAGGAUUGUGAAGAACGGGCCCCUGUUCGCGAACAACGAGUACAUCGAGACGAAAUUGGUGAUCUUUUACGCGAAAUGCGAUCUCCUGGAGGCGGCGGAUGGGUUGUUCGGGAGACUGAGGGCGGAGAAUGUGUUCUCCUGGGCUGCUAUGAUUGGGUUGAGGAGCAGGAUGGGGAGCAAUGUGGAGGCUGUGAUGGGUGUUUGUAGGAUGAUUGAGAGUGGGUUUAUGGUUGAUAAUUUCGUGGUGCCGAAUGUGCUGAAGGCCUGUGGGGCUUUGCAGUGGAUUGGGGUGGGGAGAGGGGUUCAUGGGUUGUCGUUGAAGAUGGGAUUGAAUGCGUGUGUGUUUGUCUGCAGCAGUCUUGUUGAUAUGUAUGGGAAGUGUGGGGUUUUGGAGGAUGCGAGGAGGGUGUUCGAUGAAAUGCAUGAGAGAAACGCGGUUACUUGGAACUCGAUGAUUUUUGGGUAUGCGCAGAAUGGGUGUAACGAGGAGGCUAUCGAUAUGUUUUUGGAGAUGAGAUUGGAUGAUUUUGAGCCGACUGAUGUCACUUUGUUGAGCUUGCUCUCGGCUUCGGCUAAUGUCGGGGCCGUUGAGGAAGGUAAGCAAGGGCAUGGUAUUGCGGUGAGUUAUGGGUUUGAGUUGGACAAGAUCAUGGGGAGUUCCAUUCUCAACUUCUAUACCAAAGUUGGUCUGAUUGAGGAUGCUGAGUUGGUUUUCAGCAGGAUGCUCGAGAGGGACGAGGUGACCUGGAAUCUAUUGAUCUCUGGUUAUGUUCGACUUCUCCAAGUUGAAAAGGCACUCGAUACGUGCCGCUUGAUGAGACUGGAGAACUUGAGAUUCGACUCUGUGACUCUCGCUUCCAUACUAGCCAUUUGUUCUCAUACUAAGAACACAAUGCUCGGUAAAGAAGCUCACUGUUUUUGUGUUAGAAACAACCUUGAUUCUGAUGUGGUGGUGGCAAGCAACAUUGUGGAUAUGUAUGGAAAAUGUGAGAGAAUAGGAGAUGCACGACGAGUUUUUGACUCUGCAGUCAACACAAAUACUGUUUUUUGGAACACAAUGUUGACUGCUUAUGUAGAGAACGGGAAGAUAGGUGAGGCCUUGAGGCUGUUUUAUGAGAUGCAGCUGGAGAGUGUGCCACAAGAUGUCACCGCCUGGAAUGCAGUUAUUCUGGGAUGUGUUAGAAAUGGAGAUUUGGAUGAGGCCAGAUACUUGUUCUCAAGAAUGCAGUCGGCUGACAUCCCUGCGAAUUUGACUACUUUGACCAGUCUGGUUUCCGGUCUCCUUCGGAAUAGUUCUUGUGAUGAUUUGGUCCAGAAAAUUCAAGAAUCUGGGUUAAGAUCCAAUAUUAUAAGCAUUAUUAGCACACUCUGCAAUAAUGGUAUGGAUCGAGCAUCAUUGCAAGACGUGAAAGCAAUAUAUGGAUUUGUCUUAAGGCAUGACCUGUAG